AUGGCGAUGCUCACAAUCCUGGUUGGAUUUGCUCUUCUCCUCCUUGUUGAUGCUCGCCUUGAAGGUUUGGUUGAGACUAAGAGGAAACGAAUAGGACAGAUGCGUUUAGCUGACCUCCGUUUCUCAUCCCCAACCGCGGACCUCAGAAGUUUGAGAGUCAUUGAACCAGAAUUCCAAACUAUGGCAACAACUGGUUUCUUACCUCCAACUGCGGACCUCAGAACUUUGAGAGUCCCUGAACCAGAACUCGAAACUAUGGCAACAAUUGGUAAGUAGAU